AUGCCCGCGCCCGACUCCCCGGUGCUCCUCGUGGCCCGCUUCCUCAAGUCCAAUGGCUACGACAAGACUCUCGCAACCUUCCUCCAGGAGACAAACCUCCCCGCCUCCAGCGUCGACCCCAAAGACCCCACCACCGCCCUCAGCCUCGAAAAGCUCCUCGACGAGAAGCGCCUCUUUGACCUCUCCCUCACCCUCGAAAAGGUCGAGAUCCUCGACCACGAAGAAGAGUUCACCACACCCUACCCCACAAUCCCACGCCUCAUCGCGCCCCCCAACACCCCGCAAUCCAACGUCCUCUCCGUCACCCUCGCCCCCACCCUCGCCCCCUGGCCACACCCCGUCCUCAUCGCCACCACCGCCGACCGCUUCCUCCGCCUCUACACCCCCACCGGCACCCUCCUCGCCGCCCACCCCGCCCUGCACCCCUCCGCCAUCCUCUCCGUCACCGUGCUGCAAAACAAAUGGCUCAUCACCACCUCCAUGACCGGCCACCUCGCCCUCUCCACCCCCACCUCCCCCACCCCACUCUGCACAACCCGCCCCCACACAAAAUACGCCACAAAGGCCGCCCUCCACCACAACCACAGCACAAACACAACCCUCCUCGCAACAGCAUCCUACGACGGCACACUCGCAGCACACACCAUCCUCUACGACCCCGCCACCGGCGACCCCUCCUUCGCGCACAUCGCAACCCUAACGCUCCCGACCCCGCCGGAGGCCCUCGCAAUCAUCACACCCCCCGGGGGUGGGGGUGGGGAGCCGCUGGUGGUGUUCUCACGCCGCGACAGCACAAGCCUCUACUACCACGCCCUCGCACCGGGCCUCCCGCACCGCGCAACCGCGAACCUGGCGCCGGCGGCAAACAGCUGGGCGGCGUUCCACGCGAUGGAUCUUGCGCCGCACCCGACCGACCGGUCACUGCUGGGCGUGGUCACGUCGCAUGUGCCGGCUAUGAAGUUCAUGCUUGUGCGCGUCCCCUCCAGCACCGGGGAGGGGGAGGGGGAGGGGGAGGCAGGGGCAGCGGUGCUGAAAGAGGUUUUCGUCGGCGCGCCGCAGAGCGCGUACUCCAGCGGCGCGCUGGCAUGGCGGCCGUGCGGGCGCGGCGUGUGGGUGAAUGGUGAUGACGGGGUUGUGCGUGGGGUGGAGGUGCGGAGCGGGAGGGUUGUGGCGGGGUUGAGGGUUUGUGAGCGCGGGGAGAAGGUUAGGGCGUUGUGGGCGGGGAGGGUCAAGUCUGUGGAUGAAGAGGAUGGGGAGGGGAGGAGGGGGAGUGGUUGGUGA